GUUGUUAAAACCAAACAAUUAGCAGUGACAUAUUUAUUUGCUUAUCAAAAUUCUUAUAAUGCGUACGUUAUUGGUUAAACUGGAAUAUUACACAGUUUUCAAGUAAAAUGUUAGAUCUAAAUUUAAGGUUUUUUUAUUCUAUACAAUAGAACAUAAGUAUUUUUUUGUUUUAUUUGUGAAAAUGUCGAGAAAAUCGAAAUGGAUAACGCCUUUUGUGAAGCAGUCGUUCGUAACAUCAGGCGUGACUCUGAACUUGGCCGGCCAUGGAAUUUGCAAUGGAUUUGCAGCCAUCCUGCUCCCACAGCUUAAAACACCAGAUUCUCCUAUACCCAUCGAUGAUUCAUCAGGCUCUUGGAUUGUGUCCGUCAGUGGCUUUGCCCUCGUCAUUGGUAAUUUUAUUAUUCCCCUAAUCAUGGGAAAAUAUGGCAGAAGAAUUGCUAAUAUGGCGAGCCUAAUCCCCAUGAUAUUAGGCUGGGUAGGCAUCAUCCUAGCCACGAACAUACCCAUGCUUAUUGUAUCACGUCUACUUCAAGGUCUUUCAAUGGGUAUGGGGACGACACUAGGACCGGUACUUAUCGGGGAAUACACCAGUCCGAAGAACCGAGGCGCUUUCCUUACCGUUAUAUCUGUGAUGAUCUCCGUCGGUGUACUCGUUGUACAUACUUUGGGAUCCUACUUACACUGGCAGACGACUGCGGUCUAUUGCACAUUUAUAUCUCUAGCUGAUUUUAUCAUCGUACUGCUAUCACCCGAAUCACCGAGCUGGUUGGCUGAUAGAGGUAAAUAUGAUGAAAGUAAGAAAGUGUUCAGAUGGUUACGAGGUGAUGGCGAAGAACACGAAUUGGAAAGAAUGAUUCAAACUAGAUUAGAAGAAGAAAUAAAAAUUGGAGUGAAAGAGACAAAAUCGGUACUGACAACAUUGAAACAUCGGAAAGUGUACUUAAAAACAUUGUUUAAAAGGAAGGAGUUUUAUAAGCCGAUAAUAAUAAUGAUCCACAUUUAUACUUUAUCUCAAUGGGCUGGAGUAAACAUAUUAAUAACAUAUACAGUUGAUUUACUGGACAGGGUUGUUAGUAAUAAUGUGAAUUUAGCAUUAUUAAUAAUUACAUUAGACUCCCAAAGAAUAAUAUCAAAUAUAAUAGGUGUAUACUUUAUAAAAAAGAAGAGACGAAGAUCUAUGUUGAUGGUAACAGGAUUGCUUGCUGUCACCGCGAUGUUAGCGACAGCUUUGUAUUCAUAUUUAAAACAGCAGGAUCUUGUAGAUAAUCCUCUGAUAGGAAUAUUAUUACUACAUUUCCAUAUGUUAACAGUAGGUUUUGGAAGUUUACCAAUAUGUUACAUUAUAGCUGGGGAAUUAUUUCCUUUGGAAUUUAGAAGUAUAGCUGGAGGUAUCAGUGUAUUAUUUCAUUCGACAAGUUUCUUUAUAAUUGUGAAAACUGUGCCAUUUCUUUUUAAAACUAUCGGCUUGCAUGGUGCCUACUGUUUAUAUUCCUUUGUUGUUAUUUACUGUUUGUUAGUGUCAUGGAAACUUUUACCUGAAACAAAAGAUAAGACGCUACAAGAGAUUGAAGAUGAAUUUAGGGGUGUAUCUGAAAAUGAGAAGACCGUAGAAUUGUUACCAAUGGAAUCUACAGUGUGAUCAUCAAACUACUUCCUACGGAGGGUCGGCACAAUACGCACUGCUUAUACAUCUAUCAGCCGUCAUGUCUGAAUUCACUCUCUUGAUCAUAUUCUCUGUAACAUAAUCCAUUCGUCUUGUUAAUGUAAUCACAGCUCUCUGCAUAUAUGUUAAGAUACAUAUUACAAUAAUAUAAAAAUAUAUAUAGUCUUUCGAUUCAACUAUCCACACUCCUCGACUUGCUUCUGAACUACAAAUGAGUUAUUCUUUUGUAUAUUUAGUUGUAUUAUUAAGGAGA